GUCGUUGUUCGAUACAGACUCUGUCGGAAAAAAGGGCAGAAUAUACACAUACAGUUUUCAGAAAUGGCCAGCGUUGAUAUUGCACAAAAGAGGAAAGAAAACCGUUUCCGCAUGGACCUGUUACUGGAUCAUGGAAACCUAGUACUUCAAGAUGUUCUCAGUAACCAGUUACAAGUACAAUAUCCAGGGCUGUAUGGACCAUCAAGUAAUGGCGUGAUAUCUGAUGUCCUAAAUGACCAAACAGUCAAACACUCAUUACUCAGACUAAAAAGAAGGAAAAUUUUGAACCCCAGCCAAAUAGAUAUUCUAUAUCCCCCUAGGAGCCCUGCCCCUCCUGUGACAUUGCACGUCUUGGAUAUAACCCUGACUGUAAUCUUAUUGAGAAAUAUCACAAACUUGAAUCCUCAUGCAAAAUGGGACAAACCUCCUGACACGGACACAUCCACAGAGGCCAACAUCGGCAGGGUGAGGAAAUACCGCAAUGAACACGCUCACAAUAUAGGUGGUCUCUCAGACGCAGACUUCAAGACCCAGUUCGCUGAUCUGAAAGCUAUUCUGCUGUCUCUGUCAAGAUUAUACACUAGCGAUGACUAUGACAAGUUGCUGAUCCAGCCACUGGAUGCUUCUGAAACCCCUUGCCAGCUGCUCUCCACGACGCUACCAAGAACAAACACAGAUCUGAAGGGUCGUGAUGGCAUCAUUACCACAAUACAGCAACAUAUCAGAGAUAAAGUUCCACUGAUUCUCCUGACCGGGAUGGGGGGUAUCGGUAAGACCAGCAUAGCAGUUAAGGUCGGACAAAGCAUGCAAAACGUGCUGUACAUUGAUAUGAGACAAGUGACAGAUCUUAAUUCUGUCAAGUUAUCGCUUGUCCAACAUUAUCACCCAACACGUCAUUUGAAAGACUUAUACUCUGAUUACCAAAACAUAUUCAAACAGACUUUGUCUAGUUUGACUACUGAUACCCUAUUUAUCCUAGAUAAUAACGAGUCUUUUUUAAGUUCAAAUAGGAAGGAGUUUAGUGAUUUUUUGAAGGAUGUAAUGGAUUCAUCAAAACAUAUCAGUUUGUUAUGUGCCAGUCGUGAAAGAUUUUAUUUCCCAACACAUAACAUAGUUGUGUUAGAGAUUGAUAAACUUGAUAAAAGAUCCUCGCGUGACGUCCUAUGGGUACGAAAAUCAACCAGUCCCACGGACAGUGAGUUAGCGAACUUAGAUGAAAUGGCAGAAAUGUGUGGCUAUAACCCCCUUGCAUUACAAUUGCUAGCUGCACUGCUUUACAAAAAACAAUCAGAAGCAGUAUUAGAGAAAAUUAAAACUCAAAAGAUACUACCGACUCUUUCCAUUCCCAGCAUGCCAGAAGAAAUCAAAACUUACUUUGAUAUUUCUUAUGAAACAUUAAAACCGGAGGCGAGAAAGGUGUUUGUUGCACUACAUUUAUUCCCUGUUGCUUUUAAUCUUGAAGAAGCCUCUGUUAUUGUUGGAUUAGAUCAAAAUACUUGCGAACAUAUCCUUGAUAUUCUUGCCAACAAAUCACUCAUUAGUACCGAUGGUAACAUCUAUGACAUCCACCCUUUACUAAGGGAAUAUGCAGCAUACAACGCCCAGAAAUAUGGCGAUUAUAUAUUUGAAAUCCAAGAUGCCUAUUGCAGUUACUAUAUACACGCUCUCAAAAUACAUGUAUUUAAAAUGAAAUAUAUUGGUGCUACAGAUGCAAAUAUUUUAUCCGUGAUGUUACCAAAUAUGAAACAAACUGCUGCUUUAUUAAUUAAAAUAUUAAAAACCCAAGAUGCAUUUAAACAACUGGAAAGUAUAGACAACUUAGCAAUGGUCGCAAACAUUUUUUGUUGCAUUUAUCUAUACCAGGAUGCUCUACAUAUUUACAAAUUAGUGUCACAUGAACAAGUCAAACUUCUAGGUCCCAAACACCCCGAUACCGCCAGCUCCUACGACAAUAUCGGGACUGUACUGCAGGCCAUGGGUAAGUUUAAAGAGUCACUUGAUUAUCACAAAAAAUGCCUUGCAUUGAAUGAGGAGAUACUUGGUCCCAAGCACCCCGAUACCGCCAGAUCCUACGACAAUAUCGGUAAUGUACUGCAGGCCAUGGGUGAGUAUAAAGAGUCACUUGAUUAUCACAAAAAAUGUAUUGCCUUGAGAGAGGAGAUACUCGGUCCAAAACACCCCGAUACCGCCAGCUCCUACAGCAAUAUCGGUAAUGUACUGCAGGACAUGGGUGAGUAUAAAGAGUCACUUGAUUAUCACAAAAAAUGUAUUGCAUUGACAGAGGAGGUACUUGGUCCAAAACACCCCGAUACCGCCCUCUCCUACAAUAAUAUCGGUACUGUACUGCAAGCCUUGGGUGAGUAUAAAGAGUCACUUAAUUAUCACAAAAAAUGUCUUGCAUUGACAGAGAAUAUACUUGGUAAAAAACACCCCAAUACCGCCAGCUCCUACAACAAUAUCGGAAAUGCACUGUACGCCAUAGGUGAGUAUAAAAAGUCACUUGAUUAUUUUAAAAAAAGUCUUGCAUUGAGAGAGGAGAUACUUGGUCUCAAGCACCCUGAUACCGCCAUCUUCUACAACAAUAUCGGUAAUGUACUGCAUGCCAUGGGUAAGUAUAAAGAAUCACUUAAUUAUCACAAAAAAUGUCUUGCAUUGGGUGAAGAGACACUUGGCACCAAUCACCCCAGUACUGCCAUCUCUUACAACAAUAUCGGUACUGUGCUGCAGGAUAUGGGUAAAUAUAAAGAGUCACUUGAUUAUUACAAAAAAUGUCUUGCGUUGACAGAGGAGAUACUCGGUCCCAAACACCCCGAUAUCGCCACCUCCUACAACAAUAUCGGUGCUGUACUGCAGGAUAUAGGUGAGUAUAAAGAGUCACUUGAUUAUCACAAAAAAUGCCUUGCAUUGACAGAGGAGAAACUCGGUCCCAAACACCCCAGUACCGCCACCUUCUACAACAGUAUCGGUGCUGUAAUGCAGGCCAUGGGUGAGUAUAAAGAGUCACUUGAUUAUCACAAAAAAUGCCUUGCAUUGACAGAGGAGAAACUCGGUCCCAAACACCCCGAUAUCGCCACCUCUUACAACAAUAUCGGUAUUGUACUGCAUGCCAUAGGUGAGUAUAAAGAGUCACUUGAUUAUCACAAAAAUUGUCUUGCAUUGAAUGAGGAGAUGCUUGGACCCAAGCACCCCAAUACCGCCACCUCCUACAACAAUAUCGGUGCUGUACUGAAUACCAUGGGUAAAUAUAAAGAGUCUCUUGUUUAAUUCAAAAAAGUCUUGCAUUGAGAGAUUAGACAUUGGUCUCAAGCACCCCGAUACCGCCAGCUCCUACAACAAUAUCGGUUGUGUACUGCAUGCCAUGGGUGAGUAUUAUGAGUGACUUGAUUAUUUUAAAAAAUCCCUUGCAUUGAAGGAGGAGAUACUCGGGCCUAGACACCCCGAUACUGCCGCCUCCUAUUACAAUAUUGGUAAUAUACUGUACGACAUGGGUAAGUAUAAAGAGUCACUUGAUUAAUUCAAAAAAAGUCUUGCAUUGAGAGAGGAUAUACUUGGUCUCAAUCACCCCGAUACCGCCAGCUCCUACAACAAUAUCGGUGGUGAUCUGCAGGCCAUGGGUGAGUAUAAAGAGUCACUUGA